AUGAGUCAAAGCCGCAAGCCCCCGCCGUUGAUGUUCAUCGUGGGCGACGUCAAGAAUCCCUACAGGACGACCAAGGCCAUCAAGUCGGCAAAGACGUCGCACAUUUCUUCGCGCUACCGAUGCUGGAACAAGGCCAACCACCAGGACCUGGCUCUCGACUCGACCACCAAGGCUAUCUUGACCGGCGGGACCACAUCGACAUCGUCCUCCGGCCUCCAGAGGUCGUCGUCGUCGCCUGCUGAUAACCCGAAGACGCCUUCUGUGGGCAGGGCACCAACCACUGACGACGACGAGACGGAGCAGCAGCAGGAUCACAAGGACGCCAACCAGAUCCUCGAGGCCGAUGCAUCUACAGAUGACGGAGAAAAUGGUGCCCUUCUGCCCGUGGCGGCGACAAAUUGUCUGACAACAACAUCGCAGAAACCGCGUGUAGCCAUUAAGCCCUGGGAACACGACCUUAGAGCCUACGAAGAGUGGACGGCCUCUCCUCUGCGGCUGCUGGGGACUCAAUUCUUCGACAUCUUCACCCCAUCAACAGCCAUCACUUACGACACCGAAAUCAAAGCGAACCUCUACUUUUAUUUCUGGGUCAUCAAACCCUUUGCGACGCAUCUGCUUCAAUCGUGGAAGUGGCUGGACAACCUGUCGCAGAUCCAGGCGUCGCCCUGUCUAACUUAUGCCGUGGCAACAUAUGCUUCCGUCUUUCUCUCGGGCAUGCUCAGAGGGGGCCCGGGCGUAGUGUUGCCACCACCGACCGAAAGGGGCCAGACGUCUCACUGGCCGAUACCGGCAUGGUUGCGCCUCCAUACCCGAUGUCUAGCCGAGCUGAAUGCCUUCCUGAGCGAUCCCAGCCAAGCUGUCGACGAUUCCUGCUAUCAAGCGAUUCUAUUUCUGUACCGGCUGUCGGUGCUGCUGGCGGACGGUGAAAGCGGCAGAAUGCACCUCCAGGCGCUCAAACGCAUGUCCCUACUCCUCGACAUGAAUGAAGCUUCACUGGAAACAGAACUGGCCGUGUCCAAGAUCAACAUCAUUGGCGCAUUCCUCCACAGCCGCUCAAUUGUGGUGGUUCGCAAGGCGCACCGGAGAAAGCAGGAGUGCCGAAAGGAAAUGAUCGAGAUCGACAGGAAGUUCUGGAAGUCUGACCGCGAAUGGUAUUCCCACCGCGCGCAUUUAGCUGGGCGCAUGCUGGCCUGGCGUCCCGAGAGCCCCAGUUCAAGCAUCUUGCCGGAGAGCGCGACGGCGAUUGCGCGAAUGGACCCCGAUAGCCGCAGAUUUUUGGGCGAGUCGGAGCACCUCGAAAUGCAGCGGUGCUAUCAGAUUGCGCUCUUCUUCUGGAUGUACCUGAACUGCAUCAGCUUCAACACCUCUGCCCUCAUCGUUCGCUCGAACCUGCUCGAACUGCAGUACCGCCUCUCGAACAUGGAUCUUCCGACCAUGAGUUCCAUCUGCCACACCACGCUCUUCAACAUCUUAUUGGCGGGCAUGGUUGCGUCUCGAAACCAACCCGAAAGAUGGUGGUUCGUGGAGCAGAUCGUCUGGCUCUACCCGACUAUCCAGCACCUCGACACAGUCUGGCAGCUGUUGGCCGAGUUCUUCGACUCCUUGUCGAUAAACUUCAGGUUCAUCCAGGAGAUAUGGGAAGACAUUGCCGCGGCAAGAAGGACGUUGGUGAAGUCCACUAGCCCCACGGACGGGCAGCUGGUCAACCCAAUCAUGCAUUUCCGGCCGACCUCGUACUCGCCGGAUCUGACAAGACCGCUCCCGGUCCUUGAGCUCGAGGACACAGAGGGUGUUUCGCUCGAGAAGAGCAUCCACAGGUCGCCCGGUCGCGCGUCGGUUGCUUCUUGA